AUGGGUGCUGCGACCAGGGAAGACCCUUCAAGAGGUGCAGACACUCUGAAGGUGAAUCUCAAGAGGUGCAGACACUCUGAAGGGGAAUCUCAAGAGCAACUGCCUGUGACAGAGCUCUUUGGAGACACCAUUGUGCACAAGACACAAAAGACCAAUGCCAACAGAGUAGCUGAAAUUAAGGCAAAGAAGGAGAGGAGGAAACAGUGCUCCACUUCUGUGGAGUCCUUCCCAUGCAGCUUCUGUGGCCGACUGUGUGCUUCACGAAUUGGUCUUGGUCAUUCCCAUAUGAGGACCCACCUCGAAAUAAAAUUUACCAAGGUCAUCAAGGCCCCGGAAUGCUAUCUGGUAAGGGCAAGCUUCACAAGCUUCAGUAUCUACCAGAAGACGAACCAUUAUGUCACCGAUUCAACUCUACUAAACAUCUGCUGGUAUGACGGCCUAGAGAUACGAACGGACGACAUGUAUGAUGGUAGUUGGUACUGCGGGACCGAGCUCAAUGGACAGAAUAUAACUUCUACAAGCAAUGAGAUGAUUCUUUACUUCAAAUCUCAACUCAACUUCAUGCCGGGAUGGACAGCGAAUAUAACCUUUAUAGAAGACCCUGCUUGCACAACGACAUCUACUACAACCUCUACUUCCUCUUCUACCUCCACAACCUCCUCUACUUCCACUUCUACUUCUACAACUACCUCUACUUCUACAUCAACCUCCACAACCACAUCUACUUCCACUUCUACCUCCACAACCCCCUCUACUACGACAUCUACCUCCACAACCACCUCUACUUCCACCACCUCUACUUCCACUUCUACCUCUACAACCACCUCUACUUCCACAUCUACCUCCACAACCACAACCACCACCACAACGACCAUUACUUCAACUUUUACCUCUACAACCUCCUCUACCACAACACCUUCCCCCGGUAACUGUACUAUUAGCACAUCAGCUGAUACCGUUUCCUUCCAAUCCCCUAAUUAUCCAAGUGAUUAUCCAAAUAACAAGAUCUGUACACUUCCACCAACAUAUAUGACCGAGUUCUGCACACCUGAGAAUGGUGAAAAUCCCGAUCCACUGCCAGACGAGCCGCACGGGCUGGAGCCUACUGGGGACAGCUAUGGCUUUUCUCUGAAUAUGGUGACCAUCGCUGUGGCCUGA